UGGAGUAGUAAGUACUCCGAAACUCCCAUUUUAGAGAGCCAAACAUGGAGUCAGAGCUCUACGAAGCCGCCCUGAAAGGAAACGUACAUUCUUUGCUUGAUUUGCUCCGAAAAGAUAAGCUGCUUCUCGAUAGAAUCUUGACCGGGAAUCACACCGAGACUCCUCUGCACAUCGCAGCCAUGCUUGGACACUUGGAAUUCGUGGAAGAGGUCCUAGCUCGGAAGCCCGAGCUGGCUAGAGAGCAGGAUUCUCAGAGAUCCACGCCUCUUCAUCUCGCGGCAGCAAAAGGGUACCUUAAAGUAGUGGAAAGCUUGUUAGGAGUCAGCCCUGAAAUAUGUUUCGUCCGCGACAAAUACAAAAGAAACCCUCUUCAUGUCGCUGCCAUGAAAGGGCAUGUGGAUGUGUUGGAAAUCUUGGUUCGUGCGAGACCUGAUGCAGCCCGUAGUGUCGUUGAACAUGGCCAGACGAUCUUGCAUUUAUGCGUGAAGCACAACAGACUAGAAACUUUGAAGCUUUUGAUGGAUAUCUUGGGCGAUGAGCAGUUCAUCAACUCGAGGGACGAAUAUGACGACUCGAUUUUGCAUUUGGCUGCUGCAGAUAGACAAACUGAGACUAUAGACUUCCUGAUUAAUAAUGGAGUAAACCCAGACAUUACGAACUCCAGAGGUUUCACAGCUUUCAGUUUAUUGGCACAAGCCGAAAGUGCAGGAAGAGCCUCAGAGAUUAAGCUUUCUGUUCCUCAAACUUUAGAGAAACACGACCCAUCUGGACGACUAGGCUACGCAAGUAACACGGUCACCACCUUCCAUCCACCUGUAGGGGAAGAGGACGAAAAGGAAAGAAAGAGAAAGUGGCAAAAUAGUAUGCAUAAGACGCUAAUGGUGGUAGCGACAUUGCUAGCUACCAUGUCAUUCCAAGCCAGUAUUUCCCCACCUGGUGGCCUUUGGCAAGACAAUGUCCCAGGCCAUGAAAAUAAUACAUGGCAUACUGUGGGUUAUUCCAAUAUUACCCUUCCUGGCGGCCCUGGGCAAGACGAUGUCCCAGGCAAUGAAAAUAAUACAUGGCAUACUGUGGGCAAGUCCAUAAUGGCAUAUAGGUACCCGUACGGUUACAAACUUUUCUUAACAUGUAACACGGUGAGCUUUGUCGCGUCGCUUAGCAUCAUUAUACUUCUCAUAAGCGGUCUUCCUCUAAAGCAGCGUCGUAUCAUCACGUGGAUUGCAAUGCUGAUAAUGUGGGUUGCGAUAACCUUCAUGGCGGCGACUUAUGCCAUCUCCAUUUCUACAACUUAUCCCAUCUCCAUUUCUGGCCACCAACCAGAGGAAGAACCACUAACUUUCGAUGGUGCAAUUACAAUUGGGGUGCUAGCAUGGGUUGUAUUGAUGGCUCUUCUUUUCCUGUGCCACGUUGUUCGCUUAAUCCUGAAAUUGGUACGCAAAGUCCAGAAAUGGGUUCGCAAAGCCUCGACAGAACGCAAGCCGGAGGAUCUUAUGGUUUAGUGGUUGUAUAUCGCUGCAAAUGUGUUGAUUCUAGAAGAAGCGCCUUGAGCCCUAUGAGCAUGCAGGAGGAGAUGCUAUACAAUAUGUAUUCUUCGGUGUGCCGAUUAGACAACCAAGCUACGAUGCGCUUGAGUAUGCAUGUGUGUGUUUGUGCUAGUGAAAACAAUAAAUGUUUUUAAGCGUGUUGAAUUUAUGUAAAAGAUGAAGUUUAGAUGU